AAAUCCGUGUCAGAAAAUUAGUGCAAGAUCUACCCCUCCGACAGGACGCAUCGCAGCCGUUGAAUCCAAUAUCUUCAAGAUCCUGUCUGCCAUCUGAGCCGCCGCUCUUUCGCUCAACGGCAGCCAGCGCCGAAAUCAUACUUAAGCAGAUACGAGGCGUCACAACACAGCACACACACUUCCGACUCUCCACUUCCCCAAUCAACUCCAGACGCUUCUCUCUGGCUUCCGUUGCUGUCAUCUCGGGCUUGAUUUAUUUGGGGGAAAACUGAUUUGGGCCUACUUUAAGUGUUCGGCGGAUUUGUGUUUUGUGUUCUCGGGAAGCGUGGGGGCGAAAAUUCUCGAUCUAGGGUUUUGAUUUCGCGAUCGCUUUCGGCCGAGGGCUUUGGGAGAAUGGCGAGUCAGUUCGCGGCGAAGGUCACUGCACAACAGGUUGGCUCCUAUUUCGUUCAGCAGUAUUAUCAGGUGUUUCAACAGCAGCGGGAUUAUGUACACCAAUUUUAUAACGAGUCGAGCUCUCUGAUGAGAGUUGAUGGAGAAAUCACCCAUUCCGCAUCCGAUAUGAUGAAAAUACAUGAACUACUCAUGUCACAAAAUUUCACUGGGAUUGAGAUCAAGACAAUUAAUUCCCUGGAGUCAUGGAGCGGUGGUGUUCUUGUUGCUGUGUCUGGCUCUGUAAAGUCAAGAGAUUUCAAUGGCUGGAGGAAGUUUUUUCAGACCUUUUUCCUUGCUCCGCAAGAUAAAGGCUAUUAUGUUAUGAACGAUGUGUUUCACUAUGGCGAUGAAGAGGUAGUGCAGCAAACUUCAGCUCCAAUAGCAACAAUGGAACAAAACAUUGACUAUCAGCCUGCUAUUCCUGGUCACCACACCAACCCACCAGCAGUAUCUGACUAUCCUUUGGAGGAGGCAGCAGGGGACUAUAUAAGCUCUCUUCAUAUUGAAGGAGAUGGACCUGUUCAAGAGUAUGGUUAUCCAGAGCAUCAUCAACAAGAUUCUGAACCUGAGUCAGAACCAGAGCUGGAGCCGGAGCCUGCAUUUGAGCCAGAACCUGAACCAGAACCUGAGAUUGACCAACUAGAACAAGAACCUACAUUUGAAGAAUCAAGGGCCUUGCUUCAAAGCACAGUAUCCAAUGUGCAAGAUCCACCACUUCCCUUGGAGGAACCUGUCGGAGAACCUAAGAAGUUGACCUAUGCAUCAAUAUUGCGAGCUAAAGGGAAUUCUACUCCCACAAUGAGUUCUCAACCAGAUAUUCCACAGAACCGACCUCCGGUUGCAGAUUGGAAUCAUGUGCCCCAACCUGUGUUGCAGCAGUCGACACCAAAUCUGCCUUAUUCUAGUGUCGACACUGUGGAAGACCUAUCACUACAUGAGGGAGAACCGAAAUCUGUCUAUGUGAGGAACUUGCCUUCUACUGUCACAACUUAUGAAAUUCAGGAAGAGUUUAAGAAGUUUGGUAAAAUCCAGUAUGAUGGGGUGUUCUUGCGUAAUCGUGCGGAGACUGGUGUCUGCUACGCCUUUGUUGAGUUUGAAGAUCUUCAGAGUGUUUGGAAUGCAAUCAAGGCUUCUCCAAUCCAAAUGGCGGGAAGGAAUGUUUACAUUGAGGAGAGAAGGCCCAAUGCUGGUCCAUCUCGCGGUGGAAGAAGUGGUGGUCGCGGAAGAGGAGGGCGUGGUGGAAGAGCAUCUGGAAGGGGAAUCGAUCAAAACGGAAGUGAUAGCAGAAGAGUUAGAAACAAUGGUUUCCGAGGUACUUGAUGUAUUAUAACUGUCAUCAAGUAUAACUUAAAAAGGAAGUGCUUAUCUGAUGGGUGCUGUGUAGCUUCAGUUUUUAAAGCGGGAGCGAAUGCUUUCUGUUUCUUCCGUGGUGUUUUCCUUAUAUAUGGAGAAAUGUUUUAUUUACAAUGGUACUUGGUUGGCGAUUGUCUUGUGGUAUGUUAAGGCUCACCUAUUUUGUUUUUUCGUCUUUGAAUUUGUGGGUAGUGGCAUGCUGCUGUUCAUACCCAUGUUUUGAAUAUGAAAAAUGCCCUUUUGUUC